AUGUAUUUUUUUUCAGCCAUUGAACUUCAAACAAGUUUCAAAAAGCCAUUAUGUGAUUUACAAAAGUCGAUAAAGUACAUUAAGCUCAAUAAUGGAUUAAAAACGCUUCUUAUAUCAGAUCCGCAAGCUCCAACUUUUGCAGCAUCAGUAUGCGUGGGGUCUGGAUCUCAUUCUGACCCUGACGAAUUGCCUGGUUUGGCUCAUUUUUGUGAACAUGUAAUGUUUUUAGGUACUGACGAGUACCCAUCACCCAAUGAGUUUUGGUCGAAACUAAACAUAAUGGCGGGCUCUUCAAAUGCGUAUACUAUGGCUAACCAAACUUGUUUUUACUUUGAAGUACCUUUAACUGAUACUUCUAUCGAAGGAGAGUUUGGUUUGACAUAUUUGAUCAAGAUAUUUAGCUCAUUUUUCAAGUCGCUUAGUUUUAAUGAACGGUUGAUGAACUUGGAGGUGAACAGUGUUGAUGAAGAACACUGGGGAAACAUAACUAAUAACGAAAAGAUCUUGUACCAUGGAAUGAGGUUAUUGAGUAAUGAACAACACCCGUUUCACAGGUUUGCAACGGGGAAUAAACAGACAUUAAGCUCAAAAAAGGUGAGACUGGAAAUGUUACGAUAUUUUAACGAGAAUUACGUUUCCGAGAAUAUGGUUUUGGUUUUAAAAAGCUCAUUGUCACUUAACCAAUUGCAGAAAAUGGCAAUUGCCAAUUUUACAAGUAUUCCAAGUGAAAGACGAAUUAUGCGACAUUCAAUGAAAAGCCAUAAAAAGGAUAGUCUACUGAUUGGAUCCAGAAGUAGUAGUAGCCGUACCCUGUCGAAAAGUCUCCGCUCGAGUGAGUUGUUGUCGACUGAGUUUGGUUUUGGUAAUGAAAUUUUCCCGCAAGAGUCUGCUAAUCAAACGCUUUGGAUAAGACAACAAGGUCAAAGAAAAGCAAGGUUUAUAUUUCCCAUUUAUUGUUUUCAAGAUACAUUUUUUGAAAACGUUUGGUGCUCAUUAUUGGGAGACGAGUCGCUAAAUUCAUUAUUUUAUUUUCUUAAAUACAAUCUACAGAUUAUUGAAUCAAUGUAUGUUUUCACCCAAUCGUUAUCGUAUGGGAAUAAGGUUUUGCUUAUUGAUGUGGAUUAUAGGAAAAAGUUCAGCUCAAAUUUGUUUAUCAACAUAAUCGCAAACUUUAUUGAGCAAUUGCUAAACAAGGAUGAGGACUACAUUGAACGCAUGUUAUGUGAAUAUUCUCGAGUUUUUAAAUUUCAAGCAUACUUCAAUUCACCCAACAGCUCAGCAGCAGAAGAAGUUUGUAACUACUCACAAUCAAUACAAAGUGGUGGUGGUGGUGGUGGUGGUGGUGUUGCUGAUGUUGAUGAUUUAUUAAUUGGGGACUCUUUUAAGUAUUCAAAGGGUGGUGCACAAUUGUUUUUGACCAAGACAAGUGAGAUUUUUAACACAAGCAAUAUUCAUACCAUAUUUUUAGCUGAUGAUGAUGACUACUAUACCUUAGAUUUGGGAAGGAAAAUCCCACAAAGUGCAUUUUGCAAAGACCCCUUUUACAACUUUGAAUAUGUGAUUUUUGAACUGACUAGCGCCCUGGUUACUAUGAUCUUCCCUCUUUAUUCCUUCCUACUAGAUAACAAAUACGUGAAUUACACAUCGCAAGAAUUGGAUGCGAUGAUUAAAGAUUCAGUCACUGCAGUAAAAGCGUAUCCGGAAUUCACACAAGAUACAACUCCAAAGCUCAUUGACUACUCGGAGCACAAUGAAAUCUGGCACUCGAAAACAAAUACAGCAAAAAUAACCGUAUCAUUUCUGAUAUCUUUGAGCAAUUAUCAAGAUAUAACCAGAAGUUCAGUUGCAAUGGAAAUAAUUGCCGAGCAUAUAGGUCGCAUCUUGAAUACAGAAUUUUAUCACGGUGAAUUUGCAUUCUUUUCGUGGGGAAUUUUUGCAAAUUAUUUAUUCAGGCCAUCAUUAACAUUUGAAGUCCUGGGUCUUGAGGCUGGGUUUGGUGAGUUUUUGCUGGAUUUUGUGAAAAGGGUUAAAGAGCUAAUCUCCAGGUUUAACCCCAACUAUAAGGAAUUUUCAAGAUGUGUAUUUGAAGUGAGGCGAUCAUAUGACAAUUUACAGAAUGGUGAUAUCAAUAAGAAGAUGAUUGCUGGAUCCACGAUGUUUUUAGAGGAAGGGGUUGUGGAUAUAGAAGAAAGAUUUGAGGCAUUGGAGUUGAUCACUAAAGACGAUACCAAGGAUAUUUGUAAUGAGAUCAACAUUGGAUGCAAGCGCAGUUUUAUUUUCAUUUCAAGCAUGUCUGAAGCAAAUGCAAUGAAGAUAUCACAGACCAUCAAUAGUAUAACUUCACACCAAAGAAUCUAUUUGCAACGGAACAUUUUUGAACGACGACCAGCAAGUAUUUUGUUGAAACCAGGAAGAAAUGAUGUAGUGACAAUGAGUGACAAUAAUGAGGAUAAUAACGCUGUUUACUAUUAUAUACAAAUGUGCCAACGGAUUGACAAGUAUACUACUGCUGUCGUUGAGUUUUUGGCGUAUCUUCUAAGCCAAGAUUCCAGCUAUAUGUUAAGAACCAAGAGACAGAUUGGAUACGUAGCGUUUAGUGGGGUGCGGAUAAACAAGCAGACACUAGGGUUAUAUAUAUUACUCAAUAGUAAAUCUUAUUCCAGCUCACAGAUAAUUGCUGAAAUCGAAAAUAUGUUGAUGGAAUGGGAGGAGAGAAUAGUGCACAUGUCUCAAGAAGACUUGCUGGAUCAUAUCUUGUCAUAUACCAAGAGUCGAGAGAAACAAGAGAAUGAAAAUAGUGCCAUACCAUCGAAUAUUUCGAUAAUUACCAAUCCAAAUAAACAUAGCCAUAAUCGAGUGGAGAAUAAAGUACAUCAAGUGUACUGGGAAUGCAUACUCACUAACAAUCAUGACGAUUUUAGUUUAGAUAAAAAACUCCAGUUGCAAUAUUUACGUGAAUGGGAUCUUGAUAUCAUUGUUGGCUUCAUGAAAAGGCACAUAUCGGUCAAAUCACGAUCAAGAGCCGUUUUGACGAUUUCAAUCAUAUCAGAGAAGAAGGCAAUGAUGAUGAUGAUGAAGAAACAGAAGAAGAAGAAGAAGAAGAAGAAUAAUAACAAUAAUAAUGUCCCUGCACCAAAAUACCUGAAUAAAAUGUCGUGUUUGAUAACAAAGCUACAAACGCUCGCGUUGGAUUGA